UUUGAUCCACAUCGAUGGCAAGGACGUUGAUGUCCCCAAGUACGAGUUCCCGGGGUGGGUCCCUCCCACUGAGCUGAAGCUCGAGACCCUUGAGGCUGUGGACAAGAAGUCGUUGCAUCAUCCUUCGCGGGGAGUGUUGGGUGAGAUCUAUGCCACUGCCAUCGCUGGCAACGACGUCACCUCUUCGGUCUUGUACAUCGUCGGUGUCACCAGCACGCUUGCUGGGCAGUUGUCACCGAUCUGCAUGUUGCUUGCUGGAUGUGUCUUGUACCUGUUCAAGGCCAUCAUCGGCGAGGCCGGGUCCGCGAUUCCUCUGAAUGGAGGCGCGUACAGUCUUCUUCUUAACACAACCACCAAGCCCAUGGCUGCUCUUGCCGCAUGUUUGACGCUCUUGUCGUACGUGGCGACGGCAGUAGUGAGUGCCACAGAGUGCAUGACAUACGCCUCCAACUUGGUUCCGGAGCUGGAUGUCUACUGGGGCACCAUCAUCCUGCUGGCAUUGGUGUGUAUCUUGUGCAUCCUGGGAAUCACUGAGUGCGCCUUCCUUGCGGUUGGAGUUUUCAUCGUGCAUAUCGCGUCCAUGUGCUUCUUGAUUGCUGUGGCCGCCACAUUCAUGGUGCAGAACCCCGAGAUCAUGGCAGCCAACCUGCGCGAGCCUCUCAAGUACGACUGGCCCCUGUCGCUCAUCUUCGGCUUCUGCGUUGCCUUGCUCGGAGUCACGGGGUAUGAAACUUCGGUCAACUACAUCGAAGAGCAGCAGAAGGGCGUGUUCUUCAAGACUCUGUUCAACACUUGGCUGAUCGUGUUCCUGAUGAAUCCAGCCCUCUCCAUCGUCUGCAUGGGGGUAUUGGACCUCAACACCAUCGAGUCGCAUCACCGAGAUGUUCUUGCCAAGGUGGCGUAUGACGCUGGCGGGAAGUACUUUGGCCUGUGGAUUGCAGCAGAUGCAUGCACGGUGUUGCUAGGAUCGCUCAUCACGGCCUUCGUUGGCAUGACCGGAGUUGCGAGGAGGCUCGCACUCGAUCGCUGCCUGCCGCAAUUCCUUCUUGCUGAGAAUAGAUGGAGGAGGACCAAUCAUCUCAUUCCCUUCACCUUCUUUGUGGUGUGCACCCUCCUCUUCGUGCUGCUCAACGGAAGCGUCAGGUCCCUGGCCAACGUCUACUCCCUGGCGUUCUUGUGUGUCAUGAGCUUGUACGCCAUCGGAACGAUGAUCCUCAAGUACAAGAGAGGAUCGAUCCGACGAGCGGUCAAGGCAUCUUGGCCUACCUGCUUCGCUGCGCUGGCGUUCAGUGCCAUUGCAAUCCUCGGGAACGUCCUUCUGGCUCCGAACCACCUCAUCUGGUUCAUCAUCUAUUUCGGAAUCGUCUCAGUUGUCAUGCUGGGCAUGUUUGAACGAGUUCGCGUGCUCAAGUGGUUUUUGUACGCUCUGUCACAGAGCCCUCAGUCAUGGCAAGAUCGCUUCGCCGGCGUCACGCAGAUGGCGAUGGACAAGAUUCGGAGUCAGAAGGUUGCUUUCUUUGCAACCAGCGAGAACCUGGAGAUCCUUUCGAAGGCUGUUGCUUACAUCCAGAGCAAUGAGCUGACUAAGUGGAUCAAGAUCGUCUACCUUUAUGAGGAUCUCAACGACCCUGUUAUCAAGCGAUUGGCAGAGAAUCUUCGUGUCAUCGACCGCUGCUACCCUAAGAUGGUCUUCGACCUCGUGCUGGUAAACCAGGACAUGUCGCCCGAGGUUGUUGCUCAGAUCUCUCUCCGUCUUGGUAUCCCUCGUAACUUCAUGUUCAUCUCUUGCCCUCCUGAGAACGUCGUGCUGGACAUCGCGGAGUAUGGAGGCCUUCGAAUCAUAACGCAUUGAGAGGACAACAAGACGUCGUCAUGGAUUAUUCUUACUCGUUCAAGAGCGUUUGGAAAACAAUGCGAAAAAAUUGAAAUACACGAUUCUUUCUCUGAUUCGCAUGUUA